GAUUGGCGGGAGGUCGGCGCGGAGGGAUCUGAGGCGGUGUUCGCAGGCCACCUAGGCGCAGCGCUGGGCUGGGCGCCGCUUCAGAGAGGGAGAGACUCUCAGAGGGAUCGGACGUGUCAGAGCAGUGCAGAAUCCAGCCUCCAGCAGCACCACCAGCAGCAGUAGCAGCAGUAGCAGCAGCAGCUAUAGUUCCAGGAACCCCAGCAUCCAUAAUUCAAGGAACCCCAGCAGCCAUAAUCCAAGGAACCCCAGCAGCCAUGUCUAAGGAACAUGAUGCCUUCAUCCAGAACCAGCAGUUGCAUGCUGCCAUGGCAGACACAUUCUUGGAACACAUGUGUCGUCUGGACAUUGAUUCUCCCCCUAUCACUGCAAGAAACACUGGCAUUAUCUGUACAAUUGGCCCGGCGUCUCGGUCAGUUGAAAUGUUGAAAGAAAUGAUUAAAUCUGGAAUGAACGUUGCCCGUCUCAACUUCUCUCAUGGAACUCAUGAGUAUCAUGCAGGAACAAUCAAGAAUGUACGAGAAGCUACUGAGAGCUUCGCUUCUGAUCCUAUUUCAUACAGACCUGUUGCUGUUGCAUUGGAUACUAAGGGACCUGAAAUCAGAACUGGACUCAUCAAGGGUAGUGGUACAGCAGAAGUGGAACUGAAGAAGGGUGCAACUCUUAAAGUAACUCUGGAUAAUGCUUUCAUGGAGAACUGCGAUGAAAAUGUCCUGUGGGUGGACUACAAAAAUCUUAUUAAAGUUGUGGAUGUUGGCAGCAAAAUCUACGUGGAUGAUGGUCUUAUUUCCCUGCAGGUUAAGGAAAAAGGUGCUGACUUUGUCAUCACAGAAAUUGAAAAUGGUGGGACGUUAGGCAGCAAAAAGGGUGUAAACCUGCCAGGUGCUGCAGUAGAUCUUCCAGCUGUUUCUGAAAAGGACAUCCAAGAUCUAAAAUUUGGUGUAGAGCAGGAUGUCGACAUGGUGUUUGCCUCCUUCAUCCGCAAGGCAUCUGAUGUUCAUGCUGUAAGGAAAGUGCUGGGGGAAAAGGGAAAGAACAUCAAGAUCAUUAGCAAGAUUGAAAACCAUGAAGGAGUACGAAGAUUUGAUGAAAUUAUGGAGGCUAGUGAUGGGAUCAUGGUGGCUCGAGGUGACCUUGGUAUUGAGAUUCCUGCUGAAAAAGUCUUCCUUGCCCAGAAAAUGAUGAUUGGUCGAUGCAACAGGGCUGGCAAGCCAAUCAUCUGUGCCACCCAGAUGUUGGAGAGCAUGAUUAAGAAACCACGUCCAACACGUGCAGAGGGGAGUGAUGUAGCUAAUGCUGUCCUGGAUGGAGCUGACUGUAUCAUGCUCUCUGGAGAGACUGCCAAAGGAGACUAUCCUCUGGAGGCUGUCCGAAUGCAGCAUCUUAUUGCUCGGGAGGCUGAGGCUGCAAUCUAUCACCGCCAGCUAUUUGAAGAACUUUUCCGCCUCACUGCUAACGUCAGGGAACCUCUUGAUGCCAUGGCUGUAGGCGCUGUGGAAGCCUCUUUUAAGUGCUUAGCUGCAGCUGUGAUAGUUUUGACAGAGACUGGCAGGUCUGCUCACAUGGUAUCAAGAUACCGCCCACGUGCUCCCAUUAUUGCAGUGACCCGUAAUGCUCAGACAGCACGCCAAGCCCACCUCUAUCGUGGUAUUUUCCCUGUGCUGUGCAAAGAACCAACACAUGAUGCCUGGGCUGAAGAUGUUGAUCUACGAGUUAAUGUGGGCAUGGAUGUUGGUAAAGCUCGUGGAUUCUUCAAGACUGGUGAUCUGGUCAUAGUACUUACAGGGUGGCGUCCUGGAUCCGGCUUUACCAACACCAUGCGAGUGGUGCCAGUUCCAUAAAAACCAACCCAGCAACCUCAUCCCUCUCCUGUCUCAAGCACCUUCCCCUUGCAUUAGAUCAGCAGUUGCUUGCAAUAUUGUCUUUGUUUGUAGAGGCUGCCAAAAACCACCAAGUGCAGUAACUGGGGGAAGAGAGACUAAAUUUAGAAAUACUUGAAAUAGUUCUCUGAUGAGCAGAACCUCUCCUUUUUCCCCCCUCCUCAGGCUUACCCUGCCUUAUUUGUUGAGAGUCAGCGUAAGAUUGUCUAGCGUGACAACUAGGGCUGCCCAAGGUUUUUCUAUGGUGCAGAGAAUCCUGGUGUCUGACUGAUAAGAGCAUUUUAUGCAAACGCUUGCUGCUGUACCUGUCUGACUUCUCUCACCCAAUGUCCUUUUUCUUUCCUGUAGGUUUGUACUGUCAGAUCUUUACCCAAACACUCUGUUAGGAGCUACACUAGACCAUAGCUCUCUAGGUCUUUCAGCAUCUCACUAGUUUUGCUGUGUCUCUGGGUAUACAGGGGUUGUUGGUACGCUUUGACCUAAACUAUGAGACAAGUCACUUGGAUAUCUAAAUAUACACUCCAAUAGGUGGUGAUAAAAGACCAUACAUGCUUGUCCCUUGAAGUUCCAAAAUACAAAUUCUUUAAAGCUUGUUGCUGUGCCUCAUUGCCAGUACAGUUGAAAGAAGGUAAUGGAAAUGAGAGUGUGGAAUGCUUGUCAUCCCAGAGUCUGUUCCAGUUUUGAAAAUUCCAUAGAAGUAAAUAAGGCAGACUUUGUGAUGGAACUUAAAGGGCUGAGUAGUACAGUCGAAAUUAUUUCAGCUGAUGCACUCCCCACACCUCAAGCUGCUAAAAGUUGUUUGUACGCCUGUUGCAGUGUUGUGUUUUGUGUUCAAGUCGAGUCAUGUUUCCUGAGAGCACUAUCCUCUGUAAAUCUGGAUUAGUGACCUACUGUAACAGGUUGUAAAGUACAACUUUGUACCAUCAGUAAAGCAGAACUCACUCA